GCGGCCCCGGAGCCGGAUCGCCGCCCUCCCUUCGCAUCCAUGCCCGCGUCCCUCGGCACCAGCGACUUGGAUCAUGAAUAUAAGUGAAGACUUUGACGUCAGAGUUGAGAUUUAUCAGCAGAUCCAAUGGGGCAGGAAUAUUAAGUGCAAGUCGAUGCCAGCUCUCUGCCAACGCUAUUAGCGAUGCUCGCCGAGGAAUGAGGCUUCGCACCGAGGGCUGGAAGGACCGGCGAGGAAAAAAAAAAUAAAAAAAAACGGGGUGGGGGGAGCGAGCCGAUCCUCGAGCAUUAAAACCAGCGAUGCUGCACGGCCCCGCCGCCAUGGGGGAGCCGUGGCCGCCGCAGCCGCAGCAGCAGCAGCAGCGGCUCCCGGGGCUCGGCAACGCCUCGGAGCCCCCCGCCUGGCCCUCGGCGGCGGCGGCCGGGCCGGGCACGGCGGCGCCGGGCGGCGGGGCCGCGGCCGCGGGCUCCGUGAGCCCCUGGGACAUCGCGCUGUGCGCCACGGGCACGGCGGUGGCGGGCGAGAACGCGCUGGUGCUGGCCGUGCUGUUCUACACGCCGAGCCUGCGGGCGCCCAUGUUCCUGCUGAUCGGCAGCCUGGCGCUGGCCGACCUGCUGGCCGGGCUGGGGCUGGUGGCCAACUUCGCCGUGCGCUACCUGCUGCGGCCGCCCAGCGAGGCGGCGGAGCUGGCGGCGGCGGGGCUGCUGCUGGCCGCCUUCUCCGCCUCCGUCUGCAGCCUGCUGGCCAUCACCGUGGACCGCUACCUGUCGCUGUACAACGCGCUCACCUACCACAGCGAGCGCACGCUGGGCUUCACCUGCGCCAUGGUGCUGCUGAUGUGGCUGCUGUGCCUGGGCGUGGGGCUGCUGCCCCUCCUGGGCUGGAACUGCCUGCGGGACCAGAGCUCCUGCAGCAUCCUGCGGCCCGUCACCAAGGACAACGCGGCCGUGCUGGCCGUCACCUUCCUGCUGCUCUUCGCGCUCAUGAUGCAGCUGUACCUGCAGAUCUGCAAGAUCGCCUUCCGGCACGCCCAGCAGAUCGCCGUGCAGCACCAGUUCAUCGCCACGGCGCAGGCCACCUCCACCCGCAAAGGGCUCUCCACGCUCUCGCUCAUCCUCGGCACCUUCGCGCUCUGCUGGAUCCCCUUCGCCAUCUACUCGCUGGUGGCCGAUUCCAGCUACCCCGCGGUGUACACCUACUCCUUGGCGCUGCCCGCCACCUGCAACUCGCUCAUCAACCCCAUCAUUUACGCCUUCCGAAACCCGGACAUCCAGAAGUCGCUGUGGCUGGCCUGCUGCGGGUGCAUCCCCUCCACGUUCUCCUCCAGACCAAGGACAUCCAGCGACGUGUGAGGACUGAGCACGGAGCCAGACGCGCUCCCUGGCUCUCCUGCUCCUUCUCUUUUUCCCCUCUGUCGUUAUUGUCUCCUACCGGGAGGAGUCCCCUCCCCGGUCAGCACAUCUCGUUCCAUGGAAAGAUGGCCAAAAAGAGAAAAGAAAAAAAAAAAAAGCAGCAAAAGAGAAAAGGAAAGAGAGAGAGUAGAAUGAUAAUGGUUUCCUUUAGAAAUGUUAUUUUCUUACACAUUUUAUUUUUUAUUUAAAAACACAAAACACCAAAAAAAAAAAAAAAGAAAGGAAAAAAAAAAGAGAAAAAGCAAAGAAAAAGGAUCCUCGCACGAUGGCGUGUUUCUGCUCUCGGGGUAAGGAGCCAGGGGAGCAGCGGGGCCCAUGCGGGCGGUGCCACCCCUGGGGGCACAUCCAUGGGCACAUCCCACGGGGACAGGGAUGGGCAGGGAGGGGUCGCGUCCCCCCCGGCGGGGCUGGUCCCCAGCGUGGGGUGGCAGUGCCCGUGCCCCCGCAAUCAGGGCCUGCCAUGCUGCUAUGCAAUAACGGGGGAGGAGGGACCGGGCUGCCCGUGCCUCUGUGCUUGGGAAGCUGCGGGUGAGGGACGCUCGAGGUGAGGCCGGCUGGGGCUGUGGCAGGGCUGGGGGCACCCCGGGAUCCCUUCCCUCCUUCCCCCUCCCCAGGGUGUGGUGGGGCAGGGCUGGGGUGUGGGGGUGGCCAGGCAGGGGGGUGCCCUGCACCCCAAAUCUGGGAGGCCCAGGAAGGGCCCAGCGGGGCACUGGGGCGCUGCUGUCCCCCCUUCCACACCCGCCGUUUACAGGGGCUGGGGGUUCAUCCAAAGAGGGCUCCGGGGUCCCCGAGAGAGGAGCCUCUGUCACCACACGUGUCACUGCUGGCGCUGCCACCUCAGCUCGCUUCCUCAGCCCCGACAUUCCCGAGCUGUGUGCUGCGCUUUGUGGCGGUGGUGAGGCCGUGAUGAUGAUGAGGAUGAAGUGUCCUUUAUCCUGGGCUUUCUUUUGGCCGGGAAGUGGAAUCGUGAGAAAGGGAGAAGCCAGGCAAGCCCCGGAGAGGGGCAGGGCUGGGGUGGCACAUCCAGGGUGGCUCGGGGCACAGGGAGGGUCCUGCCCGGGGUCCUGGCAUGGGGGGCUUGGGCGACCCCAAAUAUUCUGCUUUGCUGUAGAGAAAUUGUUGUGAUGUCGGAGAGGGACUUUGGGAAGGGUGUGCAGGGACAGGACACAGGGAAUGGCUCCCAGUGCCAGAGGGCAGGGAUGGAUGGGAUAUUGGGAAUUGGGAAUUGUUCCCUGGCAGGGUGGGCAGGCCCUGGCACAGGGUGCCCACCCUGGAUCCCUGGCAGUGCCCAAGGCCAGGCUGGACAUUGGGACACCCUUGGACAAUGGGAGGUGUCCCUGCCAUGGCAGGGGUGGCACUGGGUGGGCUUUGGGGUCCCUCCCAACCUGUAACAUUCUGUGAGUCUGUGGUAGUGGAAGAAAUGUUCUUGCCUUGUGUGGCUGCAGAGGGUACAGAGUCACUUUAUGGCUGGGUACAGACAUUCCAGGUGGGUUUGUCCCUGGAUCUGUGCAAUGAAUCUCUUGCUCCUCGGAGCCAAGUGCACAAGAGAAAGCUCUGAGGUUCCCAAGUGUGCCUGGGGCUUGGAGUUAUUGUCUGCCUGUGAGAGGUGGCCAGUCUUGGAGUUUUUAUGUUUUGUGGGUUUGGGGUUCUUUUUCCAUUUCCUUUCUCCGAUGAAUUCCUUGGAGAAUGGGCAGUUGGCACAAUGUGGAAUCAAUGUAAGUUUUAAAGUAAAUAUAUAUGUGAGACUAAUAUUUAUACAAACACUUUACUCAUUCUGUUUCUUCUGGUUUCUAAAGUGCAGCCAGGUCCCUGCAGUUCCUCAGUGUGCAAACUCAAUAGCUUAAACCCUUUUUGAAACAUUGUGAACAUUUGAAAUGUUUUUCUACAACCACCCUAGCUAGAAGCCAGGAUUUGUUUCUCUGGGCAGCUCAUUUUGUAUCUUUAGAUGAAAGGUAGUUUGACUAAUCAGCUCCAGAGAAACCUUGACACAAAAAAAGUUGCAUUUUCUUGGCUUUCCAAUAAAUUCCCUGCUGAAGAGCUUGAUUUUAACAAUGUUCUUUUUAGAGUUUAGUUGCUUAUGUAAAACGAGUCUCAGUUUGAGGGAUGCACUGAUGAUUUUUGCCAAAGUCAAAUGCGGAUCAAUGAAAAAUUUUUCCCUGUGGCCCUCCACAGCAAGAGGAGAAAGAUUUGGGAUGUGAGGAGCUAAAGCUGGGACACGGCCCCUGCCAGGUGAGGUUCAGGGUUAAGGGCAGGUGGGGGUGUCCUCACUGGGACACUGGGGGCUCACCCAGACUCAUUUCCAGCCCCUUGGGCAAAGGCAAACUCUGAGCUCUGGCCCCUGAGUGCCCUGACCCAGCUCACAGCAGCACCAGGAUGUGGUACAAGCCCAUUCCAUGAUCAGAAUUACUGUAAAAUAAAAAUCUAAUUUCUUUUUGUGUGAUGAUCUAGCACCUCUUUCUUUGAGAUGCUAAAGCUGCCCAUAGAAGCUAUUAACAACACUUGUUAGGUUUCAGGAAAAGUCUUAAAAAAUCUCCUCCAAAAAACCCCCCAUUUUGAUGAAUUGGCAUUUUUUCAGUCAUUGCCCUAAAUUAAAAUAGUGCAAUUUCCAGGUGUUUUUUUGCUGUUUUUCCCCUCCUGUUUUGUCAGAGGAAAUGAGGGGAAGAAGUGAGGAAGAGGAUGAAGAGGUUUAGGUUGCUCUGCCAUGUGUUGCCUUGUGGAAACCUCUGACCAUUUUAGUGCAGUGCUUUGGUUCUGUUUUGGUUCUGUUUCCCACAGAGAAAACCUUUUACUGGGAAAGUUUGGAGUUUGGCAAUGUUGGACAUCAGGGGGAUGAUGGAUUUUGGGGCCUCCUCAUGUUGAGCAGCAGCAAAGUUGAUUUAAAACCUGAAAUGACUUGCUGGGGCAGUGUUGCUGAGUGCAGGGUGGGAUGUCCUGGUGUUUGGGGAUGUGUUUAGGAUGGAAUUCAGGGCUUUAGGAUGGGGUUCUGCUGCCAUAAAGAGGGAGCAGCUCCCAUGAAUGUAAAGGAAUCCCAUGUGGAUGAGGCACCAGUGGUGAGGGAAUCGCCAAAAGCAAAAUGGGGUUUCCAGCUGGUGAAUUCACUGAGGAUCCAAACCUUGGUGAGAAGAGCCCAGCAGCCCCUGGGCACACCAGAAGGACACAGAGCACCUGGAGAACACCCAGUGCUCCAUUUUCCUGGUGUUGGAUGUGCUGGGAGGCCUCCUCCACCUGGGAUUCUGCAUCUCUGUUAAACUGAGGGCUCUGAGAGCCUCUGAUUCAAUGAUUGUGCUGUUCAGCUGAGAUAGGGGCAGUCCUGCAAAGCACAGGGUCUCUGCCUUGUUGGAAGUUUGCAGGUGUCCCUUGAUGUCCCCUGGCCCCUCCAGGUGGGAGCUGGAGCUGCCUGGAGAGGGCUGGGGGUGUUUGGUUGGGGUGUGUUUGUUUGGGGGGUGUUUGGUUGGGGGUGUUUGUUCCCUGUGCUCACCCUGGCCAGGAUUUGCCUCUGCAUCUUCAAACUCUGAGCUUUGCAAAGGAUAAAGGAUGAGAGGCCAGAGCCAGGCUGAGCUCUUGUCACUCCUGGACUCUCCAGGAGCUGGUUUGGAUCUACAGCAGCAGAAAUGGGCAGAAAACUGGUCCUGAGUAAUUCCAGGUGGCAUCCAACCAGCCCUGAGCCCAUGGCAGGGAUCAGCACAGCCAGGGAAAUGAAUCCAUGCUUAUUUGCUGAUUUAUUUACAGGUUUCUGGGUGCCUUUGGCUUUUCCACCAGGAGCUGGUGGCCAGCAGAAUGUAGAGGUGCAAAGCUUUUGGUGCUGGUGCUUGGCUGGUUGGGGGGAUGAGGAAAGGGUGAGGAGGAGAAGGAAGGAGCAAACAUUCCUCAAAUACACUGUGACAAGGCCAGGGCCACCUGUGGGCUGGGAUGGAACCACAGCUGCCCUGAGGUUUGUGGAGGUGUGCCAGGGUUGGGGGCAGCUUGUGCAUUUACAACAAGCCCUUGUGCCUGCCCCAGCAUGAGAAAUUAAAAACAAAACAAAACAAAAAAGUACAGAAAACCCCUAUUAAAAUGUACAGACUCUACCAACAAAGCUGCUUAGUUUUAAUUUGGGGUUUGUUUCCUUUUUUCCUUUUCCCUUUUGGUCAGUUUGGGGCUUUGAGCAGUGAAAAUGUCUCUCUUUAGGCAGCCUCAUGCCAGUAACCAGCAUCAAAGGUUCCAAGGGUCUCAGUCCUGAUGGGGCAGCCCCAGCCUGCUCACAUCAAAGAGUUUGAAUUGAACCUGGAAUGAACCCCCAAGAAACCAUUACUGUUCCCAUGAGGUGAUGAAGUAUCUCUUUCUUGUAAAAGCAUCAAAUUUGGGGUGGGGAGACCUUUUACAAGGCCAUUGGUACUCACUUGUAUUGGUGUGUCCUGACCAGCAUCGAGACCCACGUCAUUGCUAAUGAAGAAUUAACAGUUCACUUCUAAUUGUCAGGAAUAAUUGUUGGGUGCACAUGGUAUAUUCCCUGUAACUCCUCUCAGCCUUGCCUCUGCUGAGGUGAGGCAGCUCCACCUGUAUCUCCUGUGUUGUCAGUGCAGCUGCCCACUGCAAAACCCCCCUGAGCACCCCCAGUGUCCCUGGGACCAGAGCUCCCCAUUCCCACUGCAAACUCUGCAGCACAGACAGAAAAGGGGCUUUUCAGCAGAAAACCCAGCUCAGAGGGGUGCUGUGGUGCCCUUUAUUCACCCCCUGCCUUGGAGGGGUGUAGUGAGCUGUCUCCAGCUCAUUGCCUUCAGGAACUGUGGGCUCCAGGGGGAUCCAGCCCUGCUCAGGGGCUGCAGCAGGCAGGGUGCUGACAGCACAUCCUGCCCCUGGCCACUGGAAACACAAGCACAGGUUUAUGGCCUUACUGCAGGCUCUGGCAGCUGGAAAACAGCUGGCUGGUCCCAGGAAAAGCUUUAUUCCAGCUGGGCAGGGUCUGGGCUCUGCAGCACAGGGACAAGGAUGGGGCUGGAGGGACAGAGCACAUGGUGAUAAAGAGAGUCCUCCCCGGGCAGGGAACCCUCCAGCCCCGAGGCAGGGGUGGGAUUUUGGUGUUUUUGAUGAGUUUCCAGAGCAGCAGGAGCCUCCUCAGAGGCAGAGCCUGUCCUGUGCUCCCUCUGGGCUCUGAGCCCCAGGCCAGGCUGGCUGGGCACUGCCAGCAGCACAGGCAGGGUGGGAAUCCAUCCAUCCCCCAUUCCCUGCCUCCCUGAUUUCCCAGGAAUGAGGCCACCCCUCAGCAACCAGGACAGCACCUUGUUUGCUGUCAGUGCUGUCAUGAGCCUUUAAACUUGACUGGGAAAGUGGAUCUCAAAGGGAAAUGUACAGUUGUCAUCCAGUUAUGGUUCAAUCAAGCCCCUUCGAUGCACUUUAUGAGUGAAAACAAAUCAAUGCUGUUAUUGCACUGUAUCUCUAUUGUGUAUAAUAUUAUACAUUCAUCUGUAAGAGUAAUUUAUUUUUAUUACUGUAAAUAAAACUGUUCAAGUGAUUUGUCAAGAGGAUAUCCAAAAAUCUGGGGAGGGGGCGUGGGGUAAAAUUAAAACCUUUGAAGAUCUGGGCUGCUGUCCCAGGUAUGUGCCA